AUGUCAACCGGUUCAAAGUUUAAUCACUCAAUCGACUUAAAGAAAGAUCAGGUGUUACGCCACCUCCCAUACCUGAAAGACCUCCAAUUCUUACUGUUAAACAGCGCCGUUACCUUGGAAAGUGCAGAACAACAAAAAACUGCUACUGCAACCGAAAUGACUGAGAGACUGAAAUAA